AUCCAAGUAGAAUGGACUUAUAUAACUUCCACCUUAACACAGAUUGGAAUAUGGAAAAUGAUUUAUAUUGGGGUUGUGAUGUAGAAAAAUGUGAAUAUUGGGAUCUUGAUGUUGAAUUUUCCACUAGUACAGAAAUAACAGAAGUAUGUGAUGAAUGUAAUCAACCUUUAGUUGAUGAUCCACAUUUUAUUAGAUGUUUAGGUAUUACUCAAGAUUCAAAACACAUAAUUAUAUGA